CGCUUUUCUUCUUCUUCUACGAGUAGUAACGAACCUGAUAAUAAACUCCUCAGAAGUCUUUUGAGAUCUGAUCUAAGUUAGAGAAUAUGGCGAUGAGACGAGUCACCGGAGCAGCUCUCAGAGCGUACGUUUCCUCUCCUUCGUCUGGUUACUUGGCACGCCAGCUUCGUGCUUCUUCCUCUGGUGAAAGCAAAAAGAUUGUUGGGGUUUUCUACAAGGCCAACGAAUACGCUUCAAAGAACCCAAACUUCCUUGGCUGCGUCGAGAAUGCUUUAGGUAUCCGUAACUGGCUUGAAUCACAAGGACACCACUACAUUGUCACUGACGACAAAGAAGGUCCAGACUGUGAACUUGAGAAGCACAUCCCUGACCUUCACGUCCUAAUAUCAACCCCAUUCCACCCGGCUUACGUCACUGCGGAAAGAAUCAAGAAGGCCAAGAACCUUCAGCUUCUCCUCACAGCCGGGAUUGGAUCCGACCACAUUGAUCUUCAGGCAGCUGCAGCUGCUGGACUGACCGUGGCUGAAGUCACGGGAAGCAACGUCGUCUCCGUUGCUGAAGACGAGCUCAUGAGGAUCCUAAUCCUCAUGCGCAACUUCGUUCCAGGGUACAAUCAAGUUGUCAAUGGAGAGUGGAACGUAGCUGGCAUUGCGUACAGAGCAUACGAUCUUGAAGGCAAGACUGUAGGAACUGUAGGAGCGGGUAGAAUCGGGAAGCUUUUGCUACAGAGGUUGAAGCCGUUCGGGUGCAACUUGUUGUACCACGACAGGCUUCAAAUGGGACCGGAGAUGGAGAAAGAAACUGGUGCUAAGUAUGUUGAGAGUCUUGAUGAGAUGCUACCUAAAUGCGACGUCAUUGUAGUCAACACUCCUCUCACUGAGAAGACAAGAGGGAUGUUUAAUAAAGAGAUGAUAGGGAAGAUGAAGAAAGGCGUUUUGAUUGUAAACAACGCAAGAGGAGCCAUUAUGGAUAGGCAAGCGGUGGUUGAGGCGGUUGAGAGUGGUCACAUUGGAGGUUACAGCGGAGAUGUGUGGGACCCGCAGCCAGCUCCUAAGGACCAUCCUUGGCGUUAUAUGGCUAACCAAGCCAUGACUCCUCACAUCUCUGGCACCACCAUUGACGCACAGCUACGAUAUGCUGCGGGGACGAAAGAUAUGUUGGAGAGGUAUUUUAAGGGAGAAGACUUCCCAGCUCAGAACUACAUCGUUAAGGAUGGUGAGCUUGCUCCUCAGUACAGAGUUGAAGCAAGAAUUUGUGAAACUGGUUAAGAACCUAAUUGACUAUUGUGGUCAUUUAAAACCGAAAAUAAACCGGCUGGAAACACACACAUGGUUAGGCACACUCACUCACACCGACGUUGAUCCAACUAGGCCAUUUACGACAACAUUUGUUAUAAUGUUGUCGAGCGUGGGUCCAUCCACGUUUGUACUAAUAUUUAACUUUCUCGGCAACUAUAUCAAUCAAUAUUAUGGGUAUUAAAACUAUGAUAUAUAUUGUUUUUCAUUUUCUCUUGAUGGGAGAAGAGAGUGGGAUGGAUGCUAAUCAUUCAAUUUGUAAUUGCUCUGCAAGUCAUGUUUUGGAAUUUUUGAUUCAUAAUUCAACCUCGGAAUGGUGACAUUUUUUUAAUAAAAAGAUAUGCACA